CUGAUAAGAUUUGGGAAAAGUUGUGCUAUCUUCAAGCUAAUUUCUUCUGUUUCAGAACACUGGUUGGACUCUAGCACUCAAGUGAAUUCGCUGUUCUCUGCCAUUGCUAUAGGCUGUAUUUUAGGAACCAUACCAAAUUCCUUACUUAUCCAGAAUUUCGGAUUACGGACAACCGUAGCUGUAAAUGGCCUCAUAACAACGGCGUCAACUUUAUUUUUCCCACUCGCAGUUAGGUCAGGAUACACUGCCGUGUUCAUUAUGAGAGUAUUACAAGGUGCUCCAACAUCGCUUUCAUUCCCAAUGACGGGUAUGGCACCUGCACAAUGGGCUACAUUGCAAGCUACUGGUACAUUUAUUGCUAUUUUAUCAUGUCAUGUGCAGUUCUGUAACAUGCUUACUAUGCCAGUUUCUGGAUUUUUAUGUGAAAGUUCAUUGGGAUGGCCCGCUGUAUACUACUUCCAGGGUCUACUCUCAGCACUAAUUUUCCUUUCAUUUUUCUUCUUCUACACUGAUGAUCCGAAUAAACACAGAAAUGUUGGACCCAAAGAGCUUGCCAAGAUUACCUAUGGAAAGCACUUUGAAAAGAAGCAAAAAAUCCCAUACAGAGCUAUUUUCUCCGACACAUGUAUACUUGGUGUUUGGUUCUCAGUUAUCGGCGGUAAUCUUGCAUUUCAAAUCUUUCUUAUGUAUGGUCCAACC